GGACGGAAGGUGCAAUGGUCACGUGACUGUAGGCUACGUAAAUUGCGUAGAAACCAACAACAAACAUGGCAGACGAUCAAACAGAUGCCGAUCAGAGCAUGGAAGGCAGCACACCGGUGGCUGAGAACCCUCAUGCAGAAUAUGGGUUGACAGAAAACAUUCAGAGGAUAGUGGAAAACGAGAAGGCUCACCACGAGAAGAUGGCGAAACAGAAGCUGGAUUUGCAGACCCUACAAACGCUCCCGACGCGAGCGUACCUGGAUCAGACAGUGGUGCCUAUUCUCCUUCAGGGUCUUUCCGUGCUGGCUAAGGAAAGACCUCCACAACCUAUUGAGUUUCUUGCCGCAUUCCUUCUGAAGAACAAGUCGCAAUUUGAGGAUCGGAAUUAACAUGGAUCAGGAAUUAUUGGCCUAAUAAAAAGAUGACUGAGUGGUGUUUUUGUUUUGUUUGACGAGGGAAUGACGCACAUCAUUUACCCCCAGUUCCUUCCAGACUGUAUGGUUCUUUUUUUAAAUCUAAAUAAAAAUACAAAAAACCUU